GCGGGGUCGCCCGGAGCGGCUACACUAGGCCGAUCCAGUGGAGGUGAGCAGUUGGCCUGGGAGGCACUGCGCGUGCAAGCAGCGAUCCGGCUAGCUGCAAGGAUCCGGCUGGGCCCUGGGAAGCAAAGUGUGCAGCAGCGAUCCGGCUUGGCCAUGGCAGCGGCGCCUCUAAAAGUGUGCAUCGUGGGCUCAGGGAACUGGGGAUCAGCUGUUGCGAAAAUCAUUGGAAAUAAUGUAAAGAACCUGCAGAAGUUCGCCUCCACGGUAAAGAUGUGGGUCUUCGAGGAAACCGUUAAUGGGAGGAAGCUGACAGACAUCAUCAACAAUGACCACGAAAACGUGAAAUAUCUCCCUGGACACAAGCUGCCAGAAAAUGUGGUCGCUGUCCCAAAUCUCAGCGAGGCCGUGCAGGAUGCGGACCUGCUGGUGUUUGUCAUCCCCCACCAGUUCAUCCACAAGAUCUGCGAUGAGAUCACGGGCAGGGUGCCCAAGAAGGCCCUGGGCAUCACGCUCAUCAAGGGCAUAGAUGAGGGCCCCGAAGGGCUGAAGCUCAUCUCCGACAUCAUCAGAGAGAAGAUGGGCAUUGACAUCAGCGUGCUGAUGGGGGCCAACAUCGCCAGUGAGGUGGCUGCGGAGAAGUUCUGUGAGACCACCAUAGGUAGCAAAGUGCUGCAGAACGGCCUUCUCUUCAAAGAGCUGCUGCAGACACCCAACUUCCGAAUCACUGUGGUAGAUGAUGCGGACACGGUGGAGCUUUGCGGUGCUCUGAAGAACAUAGUUGCUGUGGGAGCCGGCUUCUGCGACGGCCUCCGCUGUGGGGACAACACCAAGGCAGCCGUCAUCCGUCUGGGACUCAUGGAAAUGAUCGCGUUUGCCAAGAUCUUUUGUAAAGGCCAGGUGUCCACGGCCACCUUCCUGGAGAGCUGCGGGGUGGCUGACCUCAUCACCACCUGCUAUGGCGGGAGGAACCGCAAGGUGGCAGAAGCCUUCGCCAGGACUGGGAAGACCAUUGAAGAACUGGAGAAGGAGAUGCUGAAUGGGCAGAAGCUCCAGGGUCCUCAGACCUCUGCUGAGGUGUACCGCAUCCUCAAGCAGAAGGGGCUACUGGACAAGUUUCCUCUCUUCACAGCCGUGUACCAGAUCUGCUAUGAAGGCAAGCCUGUCACAGAGAUGCUGUCUUGCCUGCAGAGCCACCCAGAGCACAUCUGAAGGAAACCAGGCAGCCAGCAGGGAGCAGUCUCAUGUGUGGUCACCCAGGAAACCAGGGUUUGGCAGUGAGAUCCCUGCUGAACUGUACUGUGAUCUGAACACUUACAGAUUGUCACAGCUUUGAUCCUGUGCUGGGAAAAGCACUUCCUUGUCUAAGAGGUGUGCGUACGUGCGUGCAUGUGUAUGCGUGUGUGCAUGCGUGUGUGUGUGUGUGUGUGUGUGUGUGUGUGUGUGUGAAAGUGUGCUCCUUUCUCAUUCUGUGGGUGUGUCUCUAAACCCAAAUCAGGUGUCUAUUUUAAUGAUCACAUUUGAAAUCUCCCUGCCAGGCAGGGCAGCUUGUGAGAUUGGAACUAACUCAGCUAAACAUUAUGGAUUUUGUGGAUGUGACUCACUUACAUGUGAGUAGAAGGUGGAAUUGGUUUGUUUCUGAUACAGUUAUCCAGCGAACUCCUUGGAUUGUGGGUUGAUCGCUUAACAAUCAGGUGUUUAAAUUAGAUAGUCCACUUACACAUUUCUCCGUGAUAAAGAUGCCACAUUUCUUGCCUCUUUCCUCAUCUCUAGCUGCCAGGAUGGGCUUCUGCCCAGCAAUGGCGGAGGGAGGAGACAUCCCUGCAGUGGCUGACAUCCUUCUGGGGACAGCCACUUUACCAUGCUCUUUGUUGGGUGGGCUUUUCUGCACCUGUGUCCCCUCGGGCUCAUGGAACCCUGAAGGGGCUGUUGUCACUCUCUCCUCAUGUUAGAAGCUACAGCCGUCCCUGGUCACCCAGGGACGUGGACAGGAGCCCAUCCACACCCCUCCAUCCCUCCAGGAUGGGACCUGCUAGGAUGUCACUGGGCCUUGUUGACCCCUAGCUAAUUGUUUAUAGGAAUGCUAUCAGCCUUUCCUGAGACCACAGGAGGGCUUCCUGCCUUGGAGAUUUGUAGGGCAAAGAGUCUUGAGGAAGGCCACUUCUCCAAGAGAUGUCCCUAAUCCAGCAGGGUCAUUGUACUCUUAAGAAAGUGGGUUCCCAGGCCUCAAGAAUGGCUCUGUGUUUCAACAUGCCUUCCAUGUGUUUCUGAUGCUCACGCUAGUUGAGAGCCACCACAUUAGAGAAUAUACCUUAGCAUGGCCUUCACUGAGCAGUGCUCUCUAGGGCACAUGUCCUAAGGUCUUCUGGCUAUUCCAGGUGGCCCCGGGAUGGCCAGGUGAGUUUGGAAAUGGUUGCCUUUGCACACUUUCCUGGGUGCAGGCUGGGUGCCAGCACCUCCACAGACCCUACUAAGCUAACAAGUCCCCAACACGGGGACCAGAAUAUCAGCCAAAAUGUCUAGAGAAGACUGUUAUAGGGUGAGGUGGCCCUCACUCCCCGCAGUAAAUUAGGAUGGCUAACUACCUGCGAGAGUUUGUUCUAUGUAGCCUGGGCUGGCCUUGAACUUGUCAGCUUCUGGCCUCUGUCUCCUGGGUAGCUGGGAUUGCCAUCCCCAGCUGGGAUAGCAGUUUCUGGACUUUCUGAACCCCUGAGGAAGCUUUCAGGUGACAGGGUCACCAAGUGACAGGGUCACGAGCAGACAAGCUGACGUCAGCCUCACUGAGACGCACACGAUAGGGAGUAAGUGUUUUGGAUUCUGAAUUAGAAUGUGAAUGAUCAUAUCUUUAUUUAAAAGUUGGGCAUCCCAUGAGGGUGAAUGAAUGAAUGUCAUACAGUCAUGUGCUUCUAACUUCUGAGAUUUUCUAUUUCCUCCCCCUCAUCCUGGGUUUGGUAUCCCCACCCCCACCCCAGUCAACACCCCUUAUCUAACUGAAAUGAUUGUAAAAAUAAGUUUUUAUGGGAAUUUUUAAACUAUCCAAAAAGACUUUUGGAGCACUGUAGAGUCCCAUACCUAAAAGCCUAUGGAAGCGCACAGCUGAAAGUUUCAAUUUAUGUAAUGGGUUCUUUCCUUGUCUCCUAAUGAAUCUUUUUAAAACUUUGUACAUAGGUAACAAAGAGUUACUUUUUAAGAUAUCCAAAGGGCUGUAAGCUACUGUGGUGUCUACAAAGUAGGACAAUGAGGAAUUGUUAACUUCUUGUGUUCUGUAUCCUCAUGGACAUCCUCAUCUGGCACUCACUUUCUCUCUAGGCCUCGUUCUUCCGGGCCCUUCCUCCUCUCCCUCAUGAAUGCCCCUCACUGACCUGAAGUCAGCUGAUGUGCUCAUUGUAAUCCACACAUGAUGGAAACAGAUACCUUUCUUAAGUGUGUUCUGAUAGCCAGAAGCAUCGCUCUGUGAGUUACCUAUUUAUGUAACCACCUGCUGACUGAUGUUUCUCAUGAGCUGUGGCAGGACGAACAGAGAUACCUAGACAGAUACUUUAUCUGGGAAUGUAAAAUGAAAGUAUUGCCUUGCUCCUCUCCUCCCACAGCACUGGGGGACACAUCUGUCUGGGAAGCCAGCCGUCUGGUGUCUUAAGACCUGGCCUAAGGAGGGUGCUGUGGGGAGGGAGCCGUGUCCAGACAGAACUGUUUCUCUGCCAGCUCUGCUUGACGAGCCUCUUACUUCCAUAUGUACUGUGUGUGCACGGCUAUGGACUGUAGGUGGGUGCAUAAUUUAAAGGCUUGGUUUAAUAAACACAACUAAUCAAACCUGUA